AUGCCCAAGGCAUUGUCCGAAAUAACGCUGAAGAGUUCCAGUAAACACGAACGCAGUGAAGCAGAGAUUAUAAAAUCAAAAACGCUGAAUUUUGAGUUUGUAUUUCUUAUUGAAUUCAUGCACAGCGUAUUGAACAAUAUCAAUUAUGUUUCCAAAGUUUUGCAAAAUCGUGAUAUCGUUUUGGACGAAGCGAGUAAGGCUUUGGACGAAACAACGGAUAAAUUGAAAAAGUAUAGAAAUGACUUCGAGUCCUUUAAGUCCAAGGCCACCGAAACCGCGAGAAAAUACGACAUCGAUCCUACCUUCCCAGAAAAGCGACGAAGAAAAACUAUAAAGCAUUUCGAUGAAUUGGCUUCUGAUCACCGAUUCGAAAACCAGGAAGAAGUCUUUAGAGUAACUGUUUUCAACAGUGUACUCGACAUAAUAAUCAACCAGUUAGAUGCGCGUUUUAUUGAGAAAUUUAGUAUCAGCAUUACAUCCGAGCGAAACAGAGGCGUGAUGCAAGAGGUUUAUAAUAUAAUGUUUUUCAAGGUCCACGCAAUAGUUCGAGAUGGCAGUACUUAUUUGGAAGGUCUUCGAAGGUCUUUGGAGGACUAUAAUGAGCUGCUGGAGAGCUGCAACCGACGGAAUGGGAGUAUGCAAAGCUCAUCAUCAACGAACUCAACUUGGAGUCCAGCUUACGAACCUCCGAGGAACAGCAGCCCACCAUCAGGAUCCUCCCCACCCGUCCUCAAUUUCCAAAACUACGAGAACUCCCCUGUGCCUCUGAAGCCCAACUCCUCAGAUUUGAGCAGGCCAGGCACCAGACCUGGACGUAGAAACAUGUCUUGCGAUGAGGCAACGGAAUCCAGUGAGCAAAUUAGGAGGUUUGCCGAUCUGGCGCUGUGGGCUACUGGUAGACUCCAGGAUAUAGCUUACGCGAAGAAGUAUCAGAAAACAGACGAACAAGAAGAGAACGAACUGAUCCUGAAGCUGGCCUGGUUCCUGGACAGGUUGGCCUACCUUAGCGGGUACGAACCAGAUAUCAAGAAGCACUAUAAUGAGCCCAGAACAACUAAAAGUACUCCAACUCUACCACCGACGCCUCCAACCCUGGUGCCUUCAUCGGACGACCUGAACAAGGAGAUGAUGGACUGCCUCCGCCGCAAGUCUUCGGAACCAGCGACUGUUCGCUGCCGGUAUCCUAUGGAGAUGCCUGACAUUAUGAGGCAGAUCGUCGAACAAGGGACAUCUCCAUCACCUCCAAGCUCCGACACCGUCGUUCCCAUGAGUGGAACACCAGACAAUGUAGCAGGACCUUCAGAGAUCCUCAUCACAGCCGACUCCUCGCUCCCUCUCCCUCAAAGAACGAAGAGAUCCACAGAAUAUACCUAUUAUUUCCCCACAAAACCGUUACAUGAAGUGGCUUACCCGGUUCCAAUUGUCAAAUUGAUCAAGCACCGCUUGUCAAACAUCAAAUCUGUUGUGAAAAGUAUAGUUGAAAGGAGAUUGGCUCAUUUAGCUGAAAAGAAAGAAGAGAAACAGCAUUUCGAAAAACAUUUCGAUAAGCGAUCGAUUGAUGAUAAAUUUGAAGUGUCAAAUUCAAUAAAUCCAUCGCCGGAUUUGCCUAAACCCUUUGUCAAAUCUAUUGAAAAGAAACCUCUAGAUGCUACUCUGCUUUUACAUUAUCCUGUUUCUGAUGUUUCGGUUAUAAACACUAAAUCAUUUAAAAAACGCUCCAUUGACGAUCGCAGUGUAACGUCAAAUCAUAUAAAUCGAAUGUCAAAUUGGAAAUCGACUGACAAAUACGUCAAAAAAGGACCAUUAUUCAGAAAAAAGUUUGAGAAUCUCUUGCCGUCUAUCAAAGCGACGAGGAGAUCUUCUAAAUACCCAGAUUCGAAAAUAAAAUCAAUAAACAAAAGAUUUACAGAGGAUCCGUUCUCGAAAUUAGCGAAUUAUUACAUCAAAUACAAAGUUUGGGACAAUUCGAAUCCGACAAACUCAAAAUACUACGACGAAAAAAAGCCCGCCAAUUUUGACGUCAAGAAUCAUUUGACAGCUCCGAAGACCGUUCAGAAACGUUCGCUGUUCAACAAAAAGGUCGUCCACAUGCACAUACCGAAACCUCUACAAAUUGUACACACAUACGUUAAUUCUCUAGGAAAAGGUCAUACCAAACCGAGGCUUUUAAGUCACCUGCAAAAAAUACACGAAAUUAAGCAUAAAAAGCAUGAUAAACUCCAUAAAAUUAUUAAAAGAUCUUUGAAAUAUGAACACAUCUAUUUGCCCCGGAUACCGAUGGACCCACAAGGGGAUAUAAGUUACUAUGUCAAGAAUAGAGAAGGGACUAACUUCAACCCAGAUCCGGUACAGGCGGCUCAACUCAGACUAGGUCUUGAACAAGUUUUUCAAACUGGUAACAUUGAGGUAGUUAGGAGAUUUGGUUCCAAUUAUAAUCCUCUAAAUCCGGCUCCAUUUUAUUCCGGCAUAAUAGCUACUAUGACCGACGCUUAG